AUGGCAGCGGAGUGACAGGACGCGGUGAGGGAGUUCGUGGCGGUGACUGGGGCCGAGGAGGACCAGGCCCGCUUCUUCCUCGAGUCGGCCGGCUGGGACCUGCAGAUCGCCCUAGCGAACUUUUAUGAGGAUGGAGGGGACGAAGACAUUGUGACCAUUUCGCAGGCAACCCCCAAUUCAGUGUCCAGAGGCACAGCCCCCAGCGAUAAUAGGGUGACAUCCUUCAGAGACCUCAUUCAUGACCAAGAUGAGGAGGAAGAGGAGGAAGAGGGCCAGAGGUUUUAUGCCAGGGGCUCAUAGAGAAGUGGACAGCAUAUUGUUGGCCCUCCCAGGAAGAAAAGUCCCAACGAGAUGGUGGAUGAUCUCUUUAAAGGUGCCAAGGAACAUGGAGCUGUAGCUGUGGAGCGAGUGACCAAGAGCCCUGGAGAAGCCAGUAAACCAAGACCGUUUGCAGGGGGUGGCUAUCGUCUUGGGGCAGCACCGGAAGAAGAGUCUGCCUACGUGGCAGGAGAAAGGAGGCAGCAUUCUGGCCAGGAUGUUCAUGUAGUGUUGAAGCUCUGGAAGAGUGGGUUCAGCCUGGACAAUGGUGAACUCAGAAGCUACCAAGACGCAUCCAAUGCCCAGUUUCUGGAGUCGAUUCGCAGAGGGGAGGUGCCAGCCGAGCUAUGGAGGUUAGCUCACGGUGGGCAGGUGAAUUUGGACAUGGAAGACCAUCGGGAUGAGGAUUUUGUGAAACCCAAGGGAGCCUUCAAAGCCUUCACUGGAGAGGGUCAGAAACUGGGCAGCAUGGCCCCCCAGGUGUUGAAUACCAGCUCUCCAGCACAGCAGGCGGAAAACGAAGCCAAAGCCAGCUCUUCCGUCUCAAUCGACGAGUCCCAGCCCACCACAAACAUCCAGAUUUGGCUCGCCGACGGCGGGAGGCUGGUGCAGAAGUUCAACCACAGCCACAGGAUCAGCGACAUCCGACUCUUCAUCGUGGACGCCCGGCCGGCCAUGGCUGCCACCAGCUUUGUCCUCAUGACUACCUUCCCGAACAAAGAGCUGGCUGAUGAGAGUUAGACCCUGAAGGAAGCCAACCUGCUCAACGCCGUCAUCGUGCAGUGAUUAACAUAACCGCCCACCUGGCCGGCAGCCUCAUCUCCCUCCUGCAUCUCCCAUGGCCAGCUGCCCCGUGGGCACCACCCCUCCCGCCCCCUCCCUCACACCCAGCAGUCCAGUGCCACGUCUCCUCCAUAGCUCUGGGUUCUUAGAUCUUGGUUGGACAUUUGUUUUCUCCUUAGUUGCAUUUCCUGGGUUUUUGUGACGAUCAAUGGACUUUAAAGAAAAAAAUAAAAAUAACCA